GCGCCGACGUCAGUCUCUCUCUGCUCGAGUGCAACAAACGACGACUGAACGUGCCUGAAAAAUGAUGUUUUUGACGGCAGUAACUGCUCUUGCCUUCGUUUUUCUAACCACUACUGCUGUCAAUGCUCAGGUCAACAGUACGGAUUCUUAUUCUUGUAAGGGUCCGCCCGGAAUACCUGGAAGAGACGGUCUACCUGGUCGCGACGGAAUACGCGGUCAUCCGGGGGUUCCAGGGACUCCCGGAAGAGGCUCAAAAGGAGAGAGAGGAGAAAAAGGAUAUGUGGGCCCACCUGGAAGAACUGGCUCCAAAGGUUCACCAAGUACACGUACUGGCGGCGUUACAUACGUACACUGGGGAAGAAAACGAUGCACAGCGUACGGCGUACAGACGCUCUAUUCCGGUGUUACUGCCGGACCACAUUACACCAAUGUGGGAGGCGGCGCCAACACGCAAUGCCUUCCGCUCGACCCCGUAUGGAGAAACUACAAAGACGGUCACCAAGGGGGGAGCUACAUUUACGGCAGCGAGUAUCAACACGGAUCAAUCGGCGUCCAGCCGUUCAUCAACAAGAAUUUGUAUCAGCACGAUGUGCCAUGCGCUGUGUGCUACUCCGCGGUGAGAAACACACAGUUUAUGUUACCCGCCAAGCCCUCGUGCCCGAGUGGAUGGAUCCGCGCCUAUUUCGGAUAUCUCAUGGCGGGGAGACAUAGUCAUAACGGAAGGAACUCGUACUUGUGUGUUGAUUACAAUGCGGAGGCGACGACGGGAAGUCAGGCGAACGAGAACGGCAAUUUGCUGUAUCCGGUCGAGGGCACGUGCGGAUCUCUUCCUUGUCCUCCCUACGUCCAAGGUCGAGAACUGACUUGUUCCGUGUGCCUGAAGUAACUGAAAGUGAGAGACACGUUUGGACGGUAGCUAGAGAUGCGCUCCGUUGCAUGAGUUUGUCAAUGUUCAAAUAUGAUCAAGCAAAGCUAUAUCUAGA